UCUCCAAUCCGCAGCCAUCCCCACGCUACCUGCAUCUCCUACCCCAGACUUCUCCCUGACCACCCUGACCUCCCCCUACCCUACCCUACCCUUGCCCUCCACUCUGACGUCCUGCCGUCGCAUACAGCGGCUUCUGCCUCUCUCUCCUCUGCUCUUCUCACUCCUGCUUUCAUCAUCCACCUGACUCGUCUCUUCUCAGCAAACUUUGGGGGAUGA